AUGCUCCGCCGGCAAGCUCGCGAACGUCGUGACUAUAUCUACCGUCGUGCAAUACAACUGCGAGAUGCCAGCAUUGCAGAAAAGCGGGCGCUGCUGAAAAAGUCUCUCGCUACUGGCAAACCACUUGACCCGUCUAUUGCCAAUGACAAUUCUCUGCGCAAGGAUUUCAAAUAUGAUGAAUCCCUGGACCCCGAGGGUGCUGCCGCACAAGAGUCUAUGGAUGAUGAGUACUCGAUGCUCUCUGGUCUCUCCGACCCUCGUCCACUGGUCACCACCUCGCGUAGCCCCUCGACACGUCUCUCAACCUUUUCCAAAGAGAUUCGCCUGCUCCUGCCCACCUCCAUCCGCCUGAAUCGAGGCAACUUGAUCCUUCCCAAUCUCCUUGCAAGCGCAAAGGCUGCCGCACUCACCGACGUUAUCCUACUCCACGAGCAUCGAGGCACUCCUACCGCCAUGACCAUCUCCCACCUGCCACACGGUCCAACCGCUUCUUUCUCUCUGCACAACGUCGUUCUCCGAGCAGAUAUCCCUGAUGCCUCAAGAGGGACAGUCUCCGAGUCCUAUCCCCAUUUAAUAUUCGAGGGGUUCACGACACGGCUGGGGAAAAGAGUGGUCCAGAUCCUCAAACACAUCUUCCCUCCUCGGGAUGGUCCACAUAAAGUCGGCACCAGAGUUGUGACCUUCAAGAACGUGGAGGAUAGUAUCGAAGUGCGGCAUCACGUCUUUGUGCAAACUGGUUAUAGGGACGUUGAACUGGCCGAGGUAGGGCCCAGAAUGACCAUGAGAUGCUUCGAGAUAAGAGGAGGGACUCUCGAAAAGGAUUCUGGUGGUGAAAUUGAAUGGGCGUUGACCCAAUACACAAGAACUAGCCGCAAGAAGGACUAUCUGUGA